AUGGGCGGCAUUUGACUCCUACAACCCACACUUGUUACUAUUCAUUCUAUAUAUAUAGAUAUAUAACAACGCCCACUCUCUCCCACGCCUGCCUACUUCUUUGCUUCCUCUCUCUCUCUCUCUCUCUCUCUCUCUCUAAGCGAGCUCUUGGGGUGGUUUCCGGUGAAUAUGGAAGGCCAAGAAGAUUUCGUGAAGUCUAAGGAUCAUGCCGAGAUCGUCAAAGGCAAGCGUACCAAGCGCCAAAGGCCCUCUCCGUCUCAACCCUAUUCUUCUUCACUGACUUGUAGCUCAUCAAGCGGUUCAAUUUCGUCGGCCACAAAUGUUGACGUUGACGUAUAUGAGAGCACCGAGGAAGAGGAAGACAUGGCUAACUGCCUUAUUCUCUUGGCCCAAGGUGGUCGGCCGAUGGAAAGGUUUCAUAGCCGGAAGUUGUCGGAGAUGGCCGGGUUCUACGUCUACGAGUGCAAGACUUGUAACCGGACUUUCCCAUCGUUUCAAGCUCUGGGCGGGCACCGGGCAAGCCACAAAAGGCCGAGGGCGGCCAUGGCCAUGGUAGAGCUGCAGAAAAAAGCGACGGCAACACCGCCUCCCAGGGAAUGCCUUGAAGAAGCGCAAUUCAAGGCCAAAAUCCAUGAGUGCUCCGUUUGUGGGUUGGAGUUUAUGUCCGGUCAAGCGCUGGGCGGCCACAUGAGGCGGCAUAGGGCGGCUUCAACAAGCACCACUGUGGACUCCCAACACGUUGAGAUCAAACCAAGAGAUAUUCUGUCUUUGGAUCUUAAUCUUCCGGCGCCGGAAGACGAUUCGAAGUUCCCCUUUACAUCGGCCGCCCAACAAAACCUCGUCUUCUCCGCCCCCUCCUUGGUGGAUUGCCACUACUAGCUAGCUGGAAGAGGACGAAAAGAAUAUUGUUGAUUAUUGAUGAAUGUGAAUUAUUAAUUACCAUUAUUUUAAUAUACUAUUAUUCAUAUAAAAUUAUAAAUUCUUUCAA